AUGUUUCAAAGACCAUAGCCGCUACACCACGUCAAAAAAGCAUCCCAUUAUAAUUAGUCCGCGAAGUGGAGCCAUGUUGUCCAUCAAAACAUCAGGAUCCGGCAACCACCACCAAUUACUCCACAAACUCCCCUCCACCUAUUAGCCCUGGCUGCUCUUCCGAGCUCCCAUCCAUGGCUCCUUUCCUCCUCCUGCUCCUGCUCCUCAGCCAAAUCCUUCUCUGCACAGCCGUCGACACCAUCAAAUCUUCCACACCGCUGUCCGGAGCACAAAAGAUUGUGUCCAAGGGCAACAGGUUCGCGUUGGGCUUCUACACCCCACCCCAAGGUAACACCGCCUCGUCGAGCCCCAGCAACUACUACAUAGCCAUAUGGUACAGCAACAUACCGCAGGUGACGACCGUGUGGAUGGCGAACGCCGACAUGCCGGUGUCGGACCCGACCACUGCCGCCUUAACCAUCGGAAGGGAUGGCAACCUUGUCCUCCUUGAUCAGUCCAAGAAGCGGCAGCUAUGGUCGACAAACGUAAGCGUAGCCUCCAACUCCACUGUCGCUGUCCUCCAGGACAGCGGUAGCCUCGACCUCACUGAUGCCACCAAUUCAUCAAUAGUUUAUUGGCGAAGCAUAGAUCAUCCCACGAACACAUGGCUUCCUGGGGGCAAGCUCGGGCUGAACAAGAUCACCAAGGUCAGCCAGCGGCUUGUUCCGUGGAGGAACGCCGCCGAUCCGUCUCCCGGGUUGUUCUCGCUGGAGCUGGACCCGAAUGGCACAACGCAGUACUUCAUCCAGUGGAAUGAUUCCAUUGCUUACUGGACAAGUGGCCCUUGGAACAACAAAAUCUUUAGCCUUGUGCCGGAGAUGACAGCUGGUUACAACUACAAUUUCCAGUUCGUCAACAACGCCACGGAGAGCUACUUCAUCUACUCGAUGAAGGACGACAAAAUCAUCUCGCGGUUCAUCAUCGACGUGAACGGGCAGAUCAAGCAGCAGACAUGGGUGGAUGCCGCGCAGCAGUGGAUCUUGUUCUGGGCUCAACCACGUUCACAGUGUGAGGUUUAUGCGCUGUGUGGCGCAUAUGGCAGCUGCAACCUCAACGCCCUGCCGUUCUGCAGCUGCAUCAAGGGGUUCAGUCAGAAGGUUCAGAGUGAUUGGGACAUCCAGGAUUACAGUGGUGGGUGCAAGAGGAACGUACUACUGCAGUGCCAGGCUAAUUCGAGCUCUGCACAAGCUCAACCUGAUAAGUUUUAUACUAUGGCAGGCGUCAGGCUACCUGAUAAUGCUCAGAGUGCUGUGGCUGCGAGCUCUCAAGAUUGUCAGGUGGCUUGUCUGAACAACUGCUCUUGUAAUGCCUACACUUACAAUAGUAGCGGAUGCUUCGUUUGGCAUGGUGACCUGAUUAAUCUCCAAGAACAAUACAGUGGAAAUGGAGGAGGCACACUUUUCCUCAGGCUUGCAGCAUCUGAGCUGCAAGAUUCCAAAAAGAGCAAGCCAGUGAUCGUUGGUGCAGUUGUUGGUGGAGUUGCUGCAUUUCUGAUAAUCCUUACUAUAGUGUUCUUCAUCCUCUUUCAGAAAUGCCGCCGAGAGAGGACACUUCGGAUAUCCAAGACUACAGGGGGCACACUGAUCGCCUUCAGGUACAGUGAUCUGCAGCAUGUCACUAACAACUUCUCAGAGAGGUUGGGGGGAGGUGCCUUUGGCUCGGUGUUCAAAGGGAAGCUCCUGGAUUCAACUGCCAUUGCAGUGAAGAGACUCGAUGGCGUUCACCAAGGUGAGAAGCAAUUCCGUGCUGAGGUAAGCACCAUUGGGACGAUCCAGCAUGUCAAUUUGGUCCGCCUACUAGGAUUCUGCUCUGAAGGAUCAAGGAGGCUGCUUGUGUAUGAGUUCAUGCCAAAUGGCUCCCUGGACUUUCAGCUAUUCCCAGGUGAGACAACAGCACUGAGCUGGGCUACCAGGUAUCAAAUAGCACUUGGAACAGCAAGAGGCCUAAAUUACCUACAUGAAAAAUGUAGGGAUUGCAUUAUACACUGUGAUGUCAAGCCGGAGAACAUACUCUUGGAUGAGUCCUUUGUACCAAAAGUGGCUGAUUUUGGUCUAGCAAAGCUCUUAGGCAGGGACUUCAGCCGUGUAUUGACAACCAUGAGAGGAACAAGGGGUUACCUUGCACCUGAAUGGAUCACUGGUGUGCCAAUAACAGCAAAGGCAGAUGUCUAUAGCUAUGGCAUGAUGCUCUUUGAACUCAUAUCAGGCAGGAGGAAUGCUGAUCACAGAGAAGAGGGUAAAUCCUCCUUCCCAACCUUAGCGUCAAACAAGCUUCAUGAAGGGGACGUUCGGACCUUGUUGGACCCAAGGCUAAAUGGAGAUGCAAAUGUUGAUGAACUCACAAGAGCUUGUAAGGUUGCAUGUUGGUGCAUUCAAGAUGAUGAAAGUUCUAGACCCACAACUGGUCAGAUUGUUCAAAUCCUCGAAGGAUUCCUCGACGUUAACAUGCCUCCCGUUCCAAGGUCAUUGAGAGUUCUUGAUGAAAUCCCUGAUGCCAUAAACUUCUUCUCAGAUAUAUCUUCAAGUCAGGCUUCCCAGACACAGAACAGCACGAAAACUUCCCAGACACACAGUGCUACUUCAGGCGGUUCACAAUCCCAAAGCUCAUAAUUCAGAUAAUCCUGCAAUAUAUAAGGGCAAGGCGAUUAUAUGAAUGAAGAGUAGUACUAUGAGUGACCGAAGUAGUACAUAUUUAGAACCUAAUAUGCCCAGCCUUUGUGUUAUUCUAUAUUUCAGUAUUGUAGGCUUAGUGCAGAAUGUAAUAACAAAUUUAAGAAAAGGACUACUGUUGCAUUUACAUAUGUAGGCUUGCCCAUUUUAUUACUAAAUGCAAAAUAUCAGGUUGAGUUUACCUGUCCA